CCCAGCCAAAGUGUUGAAGUGGUGUCCGAGAUCCCCAAGGGCCAAGCCAAGUAAUUGAUCGUCCUUCCCAACUGAAUUGUAACUGCGAGAUGAUUUGCGUUCUGCCAGGCCUGUAUGUUGGCAGUGCCAGUGAUGCCAGCCAUGUCCAGUCCUUGCAUGCUGCUGACAUUACUCACAUAUUAACCGUAGACAGCACAGAGCCAAAGGACCUGCAUCUCUCAUUCCAGAAGACAUUUAUUCAUCUUUUGGAUGAUUACAGUGCGGACCUGCUGAGCUGUUUGCCUGAGUGUUUACAGUUUUUAAAAGACGCUCUUGAAAAGCCGGGAUCCUGUGUUCUGGUGCACUGCCAUGCUGGAGUUAGCCGAAGUGCCGCGGUGAUAGCGGCAUACAUGAUGAACACCACAAAAUGUACAUUUGAAGAGGCGUACCAGAGGCUUCAAGAUAAAAAAACUGAUAUUAAAAUCCAUGAGGAGUUUGUUAACCAGCUGGCAGUAUUUGAAGAAAUGGGUUGCGAUGUGGAUAUCAGCAGCGCAAGCUAUAAGCAGUAUCGCUUACAGAAGCUGACACAGAAAUAUCCAGAAUUACAGAAAAUGCCACGUGACGUAUUUGCCUCGGAUCCUGCCUCUUUGGGUCAAAGUAAAGAUAUCAUAUUCCGAUGCAGAAAAUGCAGCUAUUUCUUUUGCUUUAAACAGGUGAAUACUUUGGGGGGAUUUAAUGCUCUGGAUAGAGAAAGGAUCUGGCAUCUCUUCGAAGGAGAUCUCAGCCCCUUGACAUUGUAUGAUACAAGUCUAAAAUCAGACAUGUUUGGGAAGAAUAUGGGGGUGCAGAAUUGCCUCUUUGGCAGGAAAGUGCAGGAAUUUACAGAUUAUGUCUCUAGGAGGAUCUGUGGGCUGAGGCUUGGGGCGCAGUGCUCUAUGGGCGCACUCAAUGAUAACUUCAUGUGA